AUGGAAACGACAAUCGACGCCAUCUACUCCAAUGUAAAGCGGGGGAACAAAAUCGCCGUCGAACAUCUGCUUGAUGAGGCCGAUGUCGAUGUCAAUAAUGCAGAUAAGGAUGGUCGGACACCGUUGUCAUGGGCGGCUUCAGACGGAAGCCACGAGAUGGUCAAAAUUCUCCUCACCAAGGCAACAAACAUUGAAGCAGACCGCCCGGAUCAUAGCGGCCGCACACCGCUAUCAUGGAUGGCAAGAUCUACAGACGUAGCAUCACGUCGGAGGAUCAAUUUGAACGUCCGUGCGAAAGCUGCGAAGUGUCUCCUCGCUAGAGAUGACGUUGAUAUAAACUCGACAGAUAGCAGUGGUCGAACACCCUUGUCGUGGGCAGCAGGCAUGGGAAAUCGAACCAUCUCAGUUGCCUUGCUCGCAGAUCCCCGUAUCCAAGUAAAUAUACUGGACAACAAUGGCCGAUCUCCACUAUCAUGGGCUUCUGAGAAAGGCCACACCAACGUCGUGAAAGCCCUGAUGGACAGAGAGGAUAUCAUCACGGACGACCGAGAUAAAGACGGAAGGGUCCCUUUAGCUUGGGCUGCGGAACAUGGACAUACGGAAACGGUGCGUGAAUUCGCCAACAAAUUCAUUAACGACAAGGAGAACAUCAGUAUAACAUGUCGAGACCACCGCGGUCUAGCACCAAUUUCUUGGGCAGCAGAAAACGGCCAUUUCGAUACAUUCAAGGAACUUCUAGCCUUCCACCGCAAGACGUUGCAUAGUCUAGUCCGAGAAGGAAGAUAUGCAGUCGUGGACAUGGCUAUCCGGGCUGGCUGUGAUCUAGCUUUCCUAGAUUCCGAAAAACGAACCAUGUUACAAGUUGCCGUUCAACGGAAACGUGUAGACAUCGCGAAGAUUCUUCUCCCUGGGUCACCAAUCGACAACAAGGAUGCCGAAGACAUGACGGCGCUAGACAUAGCAAUUCGCCUUGGAGAUCAAGAGCUCGUUGAUUUGCUUCUUGAGCAUUCAGCAGCUACUAGCCAUGUUAGACCGAGGGACUGGUUUGAUGUAUAUUGGAAGAGAUCAGGCGUUAUAUGUCUAGCAGAGCAAAGAGAAGGGAGGAAGUAUAUACGCCUUGUUACAGCCAACGAAAUUUUAGACCGAAGGCCACACGCAUCAACUGGCACAUACCCAGAAAGACAUGUUUUUUUGUUCUCAGAUUACUCUGCUUGGGACAAAGCUGAAAUGACGUUGAUUGUCAACUCAAUUACACCCCUCCGCCCGAGCCAGUGGUACCCUGACUCCUCCCCAUACAAUUUCCAAAUUGAUAUGCUUCCAAAUAUAUCCAGGGGAUUAUCUCAACAGAUGAACUUUUUUGCAUCAGUCGUGUUCAGCCGACAAGAUCAGAACGGAAAAGAAUUUAAAAUUCCUUUUUUCGAGGACAGCAGGGUAAUGUGGACCGUCGUGCAGAGUCGCGGCGCCGUGUGGAAAUCUGUGGAACAUUUCAGCAUGCUACAGAGUAGUGCAAUCCCAGAUAACGGUGCCGAUCUUUUCACACAGGUCAUAUCUGAGCUCGAGAAAACAUGGCUAGAGCUGUGCAGUUCAGCUGAUGAACAUUUGUCUGACUGCCGCCUCGAUCAACUCCGCGAACAAGGAAACAGCUCUGAACUUGUGUAUCGACUCGCCAAAGAUGCUCAGAUGUGGACGAUCCUUCGGCGUCUCCUGCGAGAUAAUGUACAGGAAGCCACGAAGUUUGCAACGAGCUAUUGUCACAAAUACCAGAAUGGUGAUGGCCUACAAUCAACACUGGAGGCCAUAAACCAGCUGGAAAAAAAGAUUAACCCUCGUUUAGACACGCUUGACGAAACAGUCAGAGACCUUUUACAAUUUGAAUUUGCAUGGGUAUCAAUCACCGAGGCACACAAGUCAACGAGCAUUGCCACUAGUAUGAAACGGCUGAGUUGGAUUACCUUCAUCUUUCUCCCCGCCAUGUUCGCUUCGGUGAGGCUUUCAGUUCCAUUCCCGUUUCUGUUCCUGGCGCACAACUGA